GCGAUCGAACCAACGCUAGUCACAAACACACGAUUCCGCCCAUUCUAGAGUGGACUGGACAUAAACAUGCUCGCACAUCUACUUGUCGGCUGCGUUUUGUCUGCCGGUAGCGAGGUGAUUCUUUAAGAGCUCUGAGAACCCAAACUUGUGGCCGCCCCGCAGCUGAGCCGAAGUGGAGCUGGGAGCUGCCCAGACGACCUGAGGCUGCCAGCUGACCACCUUCCUCCCUACAGAUCGCUGGAGCCAAGCUCAGCGGGGGAGAAGCCACGCUCGCGGGUGGGUGCCGGGGCUAAGGGCGGAAGCCGGGUUCCCACAGAGGCCUCCGCGCCCAGGCGGCUGCAGCGGCGGCGCCGGGGGACCGGAGGCCUGACACCGGGAUGCGCCCCCCACUCUGGACAACCGGCCGCAGAAGUAAAGGGCCAGCAUCCCGCCACAGCUAUGCUUCCCGCGGGACAAUCUCGGGAGAAGGUCCUGGAAGAGGCUCGCAGGCCGGUUUUCCGAGGGAAACGGCGAGGUGGGGAGGGAGCGCCCAUGACCCUCCCCGCCCUCCCCUCUCCCGCUCACCCGGCCGCACAGGCGACAGGACUGUUCCGAAGAAACGUACUCGGGGUUGUAGUGUCGCCCUCCGCCACACGGGGCUGGAUCACCUGCUGGCUCGGCGGCAUCGGUCCGGGCUCCUCUCUUGGUGGAGGCAGGCGGAGGCGCGCCUGCGGCGUCCUCUUUCAUUGGCCGCGGCGAGGGCGCUGCCAUGUUGGAGGAAGCGGUGCCUUCUGUGAGGUGGAAACGCCGUGGCUUCACCCAUAGCGUUGGGGAGCGCAGCCUCCUACCUUUCCUUCUCGCUGGAGUGUUGGUGCUGAGAGGCGGCGGCCGGCGGGAUGGAGAGAAGUAGGAUGAACCUGCCCAAGGGGCCGGACACGCUCUGCUUCGACAAGGACGAGUUCAUGAAGAGAUCACAAGUAGGAAGAGAGGCAGGCAGAGAGAGAGGAGGAAACAGGCUCCCUGCUGAGGAGAGAACCUGAUGUGGGGCUCGAUCCCAGGACCCUGGAAUCAUGACCUGAGCCAAAGGCAGAGGCCUUAACUCACUGAGCUACCCAGGAAGAUUUUGACGUCGAUCACUUUGUGUCUGACUAUAGGAAGCAUGUCCAGCUGGAGGAACUAAGAGGAGAUCUGGAACUCUACUAUAAACUUCUUAAAAUAGCCAUGGUGGAGCUCAUCAACAAGGAUUAUGCAGAUUUUGUCAACCUUUCCACAAACUUGGUUGGCAUGGACAAAGCCCUCAAUCAACUUUCUGUGCCUUUGGGACAGUUACGAGAAGUUCUGCGUAUAGCCCACAUUACGGCCAUGCUGCAGCAGUCCCUGGGAGGCCUGCUGCUAGAAGGGCUUCAGACUUCCAAUGUGGACAUCAUAUGGCACUGCCUCCGGACUUACGCUACAAUUGACAAGACACGGGAUGCAGAGGCGUUAGUCGGUCAAGUACUGGUGAAACCGUACAUGGAUGAGGUUUGUGCCCCAUGCACCUCAUUCCGCAAACACAGAGCAUCUAAUCUGGCUUCGUUUCUUGACUGGGUGCGAGAGAGCUCAGGGCUCUUCCUUGAAGAUGCUCCUAGUUCCUGCUCUUCUGGUUGUAAGAAAAGGUUGGUCCCGCUUGGUGCCCAUCAGCAUGCCAGGAAUCAGGCAUGCGCUCUGGUCUCUUCCAGUGAUGCCAUAGCUCAGGGAUCAUCUUAAUUUAGUAGGGGUGAGGGACUUGCCUAGGAAGAAGGUACGGAUCAGAACAUUUUCAGGUCAAUUUCCAUUUCCCUAAGUUAUACGUCAAUGAAGUUGCCGAAAAGCGUGACCCCACCAAGGCGCCCAUGCCCACUGGAGGAGGUGGAAGACAGCUCUGUGCUCAGGGAAAGUCCGUGAGGGGAGGCAUCUUCGCAGAAUUGAUGUGGCCUAAGUCUUGAAGACCAUGGGGGAGUUUGCCAGGCUAGGAAGGUGGGAGGGAGGGAAUAUUCAAAGAUAAAGGGCUUUUAAGGGCGAGUUAGCAGGGUAGUACCUUAAGUCCAGAACUUGGUUACCCAGUGUUCUUGACCUAUGAGGAUACAGUUAAAUACAGGGAGUCAGUGUAUCUUGCCUCUGAGCGGCCGGAGUAUGGGCUGCACCGUGUGAGGCCGCCAGCAAUCAGCGUCGGUUUCAUCUAGUUUAGGCUGACAGAAGUCAUGAAGCCAGUCUCAGUGUUUGAGGGCUUUCUUCCAGUCACCUGCCAGUGCGAGUGUUCUUUCUGUCCGGUAAGUAUAAAGCUACCCACCAUGACUUCAGGAUGAAAGGCUUCCAGUUUUAAAACGGGACAGUAUCCCAGUGAUAGAAGUGAAAUUGAAGGAUUAAUUUCAGUAAUCUUCUCAGCUUCAUUAGGACUACUAAAAGAAAAUGAUCUGUCAGUUCUUUGUAUGUAUCCUAUUAUAGUUCAUAGCUCUCUCUGUGGGGGUGAAAAAGAUCACAUUAUUCUUUGUCACUAAAUGAAAAUAUUUUAGGUAUUUAAUUUAUGCCCUUUUCAUUGAACUGAAUCUAAUAUGCUAAAUUAGGGAAGUACUUUAUGCUUCCGUGUCGUUAAAUGAACUGUGGCCACGUUUGUAUUUUAA